AAAACAAAAGAAAAAUUUACAUUAUCAAAACCUUUAGCAAAAUACAAAAUAUCCUCCAUCACAGACUUAAUACUCCAAUGAGGCGCAGACCCUUGAUUUCUCAGGCUCAAUAACAUUCCAUGCAACUCCUUCAAUCACAACAUUCUUAAAACCUACAUCUGCUGCUCUUUGAAUGGCUGACAAGGCUGCAUUUGCCUCACCAGAUAACAGGCUACCUGGACAGAGCUGCUCUGCUCAUGCAGCAACAAGGUUACCUUCUUGGUCUCUUCCUAUUACUGCCACAUAUGUUUUUCCUUAUCUAAUUACAGCAUCAAAAUUCAAUUUUAUCCAACUUGGUGGAGGUGGUUUAUUUAUAUAGUCAGUUACUGUAACUAGAGCAAUCACACAUAUUUCCAAAGUUUAACAACAACCAAAAAAAAAAAAAAAAAAAUCCCAAGUAGGAAACCCCACUAAGCCCAUUCUUCUCUUCUGUGUGAAAAUGGUGGAUGCCAUAGUUCUAUACCCUUCUUCAGGCAGAGGCCAUCUAAACUCCAUGGUAGAGCUUGGCAAGCUCAUACUCAAACAUCACCCUUCUUUCUCCAUCACAAUCCUCAUCUUAAGUGAACCAAACACAAAUACUAACUCCACCGCACCCAAUUAUGUAGCAAGCUCUACCACCCAAUACAUCACCACCGUCAAUUCCACCACCCCAUCUAUCACCUUCCACCACCUCUCACCCAUCUCUGAAGUCCCACCCAGUACUGCUUCCCCUGUAGAACUCUGCUACUUAAUCCCACGCCUCAACAACCCAAAUCUCCACCAAACCCUCAAAACUAUUUCCCAAACCUCCAAACUCAGAGCCUUUAUCAUUGAUUUCUUCUGUGAUUCUGCUUUCGAAGUGGCCUCAAACCUUGCCAUCCCCACUUACUAUUUCUUCACCUCUAGCCCAAGCGGCCUAGCUGCGUUUCUAUACCGCCCCACUUUGCAUAAAAAAGUGGAUAACAGUUUGAAAGAUCUCCAUGGUAAUAUGCUUCUUGAUGAUAUUCCUGGCUUACCUCCGAUUCGGGUUUCGGAUAUGCCGAAAACUAUUUUCGAUCGCACUAGUUCUAAAUUGUACCAGUAUUUUCUUAACACAGCAACGCACAUGGCCAAAUCAAAUGGACUUCUUGUAAACACGUUUGACUUGCUCGAAACAAAAGCUAUCAAGGCAAUCUCUGGUGGACUAUGUGUCCCACAUGGACCAACUCCGCCAAUUUUCUGUAUUGGACCUUUGAUAUCAAACACCAAUCAAGAUGGAGAAGAGCACGAGUGUUUGAAUUGGUUAAACUCACAACCGAGCCGAAGUGUUGUGUUUCUAUGUUUCGGAAGCUUGGGAUCUUUUUCGGAGAAACAGUCGAAAGAAAUAGCGGUGGGUUUAGAAAACAGCGGUCAAAGAUUUUUGUGGGUGGUGAGAAAUCCACCGCCAGAUAAGGAUAAAGAUCCAAACUUGGAUGAAUUAUUGCCAAAGGGUUUCUUGGAAAGGACCAAAGGUAAAGGGUUUGUGGUGAAACAAUGGGCUCCACAGGUGGCAGUACUGAGUCAUGACUCAGUGGGUGGGUUUGUCACUCACUGUGGGUGGAACUCAGUGCUUGAAGCAGUGUGGUGUGGAGUGCCAAUGGUUGGUUGGCCAUUGUACGCGGAGCAAAGGUUGAAUAGGGUGGUUUUGGUGGAGGAAAUCAAGCUAGCUUUGGGGUUAAACGAUUCGGAAGAUGGGUUUGUGAGUGCAACUGAGUUGGAGAAGCGAGUGAGGGAGUUAAUGGACUCGGAAGAGGGGACAGAGGUGAGAGAAAGAGUAUCGAGUUUGAGAGAUGAAGCUGUGGCUGCUGUGAAAGAGGGUGGGUCCUCUCAUGUUGCAUUGGCGAAGUUGGCUGAGUUGUGGAGGCAAAACUAGAACGAGUUCGCUCAGCUAACAUAACUCGCUCACAACUUAAAAAACUAAAAAAAAUGACAUAAAGUUGUAAAAAGAACAAAAAGCUGCUAAAAAAGAGUCAAACAAGUUGAAUGAGGUAUGGAGUAGGCAGGAAGCUCAGACUCGGGAGGUGGUGCGAUGGAUAGCUCCGAAACAUGGCCAAUACAAGGUGAAUUGCGAUGCGGCGGUCUUCACCAGGAGCAAGGAGGUGGGUUUUGGCGUGAUCAUCCGUGACUGUGCUGGCUUGGUCAUUGCUGCUUUGAGCAAGAAAGGAAUUGGUCUUUCCGGAGCGGUGGAAGCGGAGGCGAAGGCGAUGGAAGUGGCUGUCCAGUUUGCGAAGGACGUGGGGAUAAGGGAAGCAACUUUUGAAGGAGACUCGCUCAUUGUGACUGGAGCAGUCCAAGGCGUUGGUGAUGCUCCUUCCUCAAUCCAAAACAUUGUUUGUGGCAUUACACAAGAACUUCAGACUUUUAGAGCUGUAGAAGUGUCACAUGUUAAAAGGCAGGGGAAUGCCCCUGCCCAUUUACUUGCCCAACAUGCUUUGCAUGUGGUGGACUAUUUCGCAUGGCUAGAGGAAUGUCCUAGCUUUAUUGAGCACGCGUGUGCCCAUGAUGUAUUUCAGUUUUCUUCUGUUUGAAUGAAGUAUGUUUACCCAUCAAAAAAAAAAAAAAAAAAAGAGUCAAACAAGUUGUUAAUGGACACGUUACGAUGCCCAUUAAUACAACUCAAACAAUUUUUCCCCUUAUACUAUAUGUGAUACUUAUUAUCAUGUGGUUUGAUUUAUGUAGUUUUUUUUAACUGCUUUUAGUGAGAUUUAAUGGUGUGAUAAGUUUUUACAAUAUUUUUAUAAACUGAUAUUGUAACAAAUUUUUAUUCGAUUUUAUCUGACCCCACUAUUAACAUUAUUUUUUUACUUAUCAAUAAUUAUUCACCACAUUAAUUAUUUAUAAAUUGAAAGAUAAACACACAUGAAUUUCAAAUGUCACAAAUUAAGUAUAUCUAUAAUUUUAAAUUUUGAGGAUAUAUUACACAAGUGAUAUAUGUAAUUUACGGUUAAUUUAUUGCACGUUUCUAUGGUAUGUAUACAUAUAAAAAUGAUUUGAUCUUUGUAAUUCAUAAACCCACGCUCUCUGUUUAAAGGUCUAUACCUCCUGCCAUGAGCUAUAUUAUUCCGUUCUAGAUUGUUUUAUAGUUAUGGCAAUUAUCUCCUAUCAAAUUACUUCUUUAAUCUUGCAGAGACUUGUGAAGAGUUUUAUAAUUCAAUUGACAUUUUUUAUUGUUUCUAACAAAAACGUUUAGGAGGAUUCAAAUAAUUUUCUAGUUUUAUAAUUCAAUUGACAUUUUUUAUUGUUUCUAACAAAAACGUUUAGGAGGAUUCAAAUAAUUUUCUGUUUCCAUAUUUUAACUAUUAAAAGACACAUGUGACAAAUCAUGUCAAUUCUAAAAUUAAUUUGAGGCCUAAUUAGGCCAAUUAUAAUGCUAUAUUGCCAUAUUAUACAUGACUAGUAAGGGCAGCACGUGCAAGGCACGUGCUAGCCAUGGGAAAAAAAGUAGUGAUUAUGAUCAAUUUUAGAUUUUAUUUGUAUCACAAAAUAAAAAUAUAAAUCAUUUGAUUUUUUAAAUACAUAGAGAUUUACAUUAAUCAAAAGAGACAUUAAUUUUAAGAAUUUUGAUAAUUAUGUCAUAAAAAGUUAAUCUCAUUCGUAUAAAACCGUGACAGAUCCCAGUCCAAUAUUUUAUUAUUUUAUUUUGGCCUAUAACUUACACCUUAAUAGUUAUGAAUAUAUAGUAAUAACAACAAAAUGUCACGACAUUUUUAGUUGUGCUAGAUCUUGGUAUAAUAUUUUAUUGUUUUAUUAUUUUAUUUUGACCCAUAAGGAAUUGACACAUGCGUCACAACAUUUUCAUAAUAUCUCUAUGUAUACAUUGUACUUAAUUACAAUGUAAAUUUAUAUUGUAGACACAAAAAAAAUUGGAAAAUUUUGUACACAUUUACAAAAUUUGUACAAUAUUUACCAUUUUUUGUGCAAAUGUGUAUAAUAUUAACCACUUUUGUGUAUUUACAAUGUAAAAUUGCAUUGCAAGUACAAAGUAAACAUAUAAAGAUCUUUAAAAAAAAAAAAAAAAAACACACACACACACACACACAAACACAAAAACAAAGCUCAAACCAACUAGCAUACUUAAAGUGGGAAAAAAAGUGCACCUCACUAAUUGAAUAAACCAAAAAAAAUACUAUUCAUGAGCCUCUGGCUCUUUUUAUAUAGUUAAUAGAUAUGCCAGCUUACAUAAAUAUUUAAAAGAAAAAAAACACACACACACACACACACACACAAACACAAACCGAUAACUGGAAAAAAAAAAAAAAAAAAACAAAAA